CGAUUGUGAACUUAGAGGUUAUAUUCGCGUUCUGUCCGCAUUCGGCAUAAUAUUCACGCUCUACUUAUAACAAUACAGUAGCACCUAAUAGUCAGUAUGAGUGGUGAACCUCAAGCAAAGCGCACCAAAAUGAGCGCCCUUGACCAGCUGAAGCAGGCAUCUACGGUGGUCGCCGACACCGGGGACUUUGAAGCCAUGAAGGCAUACAAGCCUACAGAUGCCACCACCAACCCCAGCCUGAUCCUGUCGGCUGCGGCGAUGGAGCAAUACCAGCAUAUUCUGGACAAAGCUAUCAAGCACGGCAAAGAUACUGGCAGCACCAUUGAGGAACAAGUGAGCGAAACACUAGACAUGCUGAGUGUACUCUUUGGAUGUGAGAUCUUGAAAAUCAUCCCUGGUCGGGUGUCUGUUGAAGUUGACGCCAGACUGUCAUUCGACAAAGAAGCCAGCAUUGCGAAGGCUAUCAAGCUCAUCAACGCCUUCUCCGAGUAUGGCAUCAAGAAGGAGAGGAUCCUUAUCAAGCUGGCAUCCACCUGGGAAGGCAUCCAAGCUGCCAAGGAAUUGGAGAAGAAGCACGGCAUCCAUUGCAACCUGACGCUGCUGUUCUCUCUCUACCAAGCAAUCGCGUGCGCGGAGGCUCAUGUCACCCUCAUCUCGCCGUUCGUCGGCAGGAUCCUGGACUGGUACGUGGAGCACACAAAGAAAACGUAUGAGGGCAAGGAGGACCCCGGCGUGGUGUCCGUCACACGCAUCUUCAACUACUACAAGAAGUUCGGCUACAACACACAGGUGAUGGGCGCGUCGUUCCGCAACACGGGCGAGAUCCGCGAGCUGGCGGGCUGCGACCUGCUCACCAUCAGCCCCAAGCUGCUGCAGGAGCUGGCCGCCAGCGACCAGCCGCUGCCAAAGGUGCUUGACCCAAAAGCGGCGGCAAAGAGCGAUAUAGAGAAGGUAUCGUUGACGGAGGCCCAGUUCCGCUGGCACAUGAACGAGGACCAGAUGGCCACGGACAAGCUCUCGGACGGCAUCAGGAAGUUCGCCGCAGACACCAGGAAACUCGAGACCCUCAUACGGAGCCUGCUCGCCAAGAAGUGAAACACUACCCACUAGGCAGUGAAUAUGUAAUAAGUAUCGUUUUCGUAAUAAGCAUACCGUUGGGUCUAUAUUGGGUCGCAUAAUAAUUGAUUGUCCUAAUGUAAUGUUACGCAUAAAACUCAUUUCGCAUAAUUGUUAUUGUGUUGAAACUAUUAACAUUUCUAAAAAAAUAUAAAACAAAUCUAACCUACCCUAUUCUACACAACCUAUGCAAAAUAUUUUCGAAAAUACUUUCUGUUUCAGCUGGAGAAAAAUUAUGAGAAAAGAGUUUUAUGCGUAACAUUACAUUAGGACGAUCAAUUAUGCAACGAAAUAGGCACCGCAUACCGUGAUAUGAAGUCCAUAUAAAGGUAUAUGGACUAUUCACGUAGGUCAAGAUUGUAGAAGUACCUACAAUCACUGUUUUUAUUGAAGCUCAUAUAAUUAGUGAAUUGGACGUAAGGUUCAAAGUUGGGUUGUAAUAGUAUAUAUUUUAUAAAGUAGCAAAGAUAAAUAUCUUUCAUUUGCAUUAAACAUUAUCAGGUACAAGUUGUUAAUAAUACUUAUGGUGGUAGGUUUACAUGUUUAACCUUUUCGACGCCGUGUCAAACACCAAAGCUGUCAUUCGGACGCCACGUCACCCAAGUUUCAAAACUGAAAUUGAACUUUAUGCAUAUGCACGUAGGUCUAUGUUGCUCUGUGGUCUGUGACCGAUUAAUCGGUCUUUGGCGUUGAACCUGCGGUGCGGAUAUAUCGGUCAUUGGCGUCCAAAAGGUUAACCUCAUUUGGUAUGCAAAAGGUUAACUAAAAACUAAUAUUUUACAAAUAAUUGUAUCAUUCUUAUAAACUAAAUAAUUUAGAUAUUUAAUUAUCUUUGUUAAUUAUAAUUAUCUAAGAGUUCUUCUGCUUUCUUUUAAUUACGAAAAAAUACGAAGGGAUACUUAUUUUAUUUACUCCAUUAAAACUACUCGUUUAAAAUCGAUGUUGAUAAAUAUACAUAUAGUCAAGGAAUAUUAUUAUCAAUGUUUUUUGAAAAUUGUUUACAUAUUUUGGAUUCCUUUUAUAUGUUUAUUUACCUAAGCGUAAAUGUCUAUUUAGAGUUUAAUUGUGAAAUGGCUAUUAAUUGAAGUACAAAAUUGGGAGUAUUGGGACCAUAAAUCUACAAAAACUGUACAUUCCUAUGUUUUACAUUUUUGUUGUAACAAAAUAAAUCAGGUGAUUUGUAACUA